AUGGCUCUACCCAAGCGAGCGUGGUCGUCAUUAGGUCCUGCAACUUCCCUCGGUCUCCUCCUCAUCGGCACCUCUCUCUUGCUUGCCGCUGGAGCCGACGAUGGAACGCUGCGGAUUGACUGCGGAAGCAUGGUCGAGAGCGGCGUGGCAGCGGCAGCGGGAUUCAUGGCGGACCAAUACACGUCGGACGGCACGCCCUUCACCAUCGCGCCGGGCUCCACCAACGCCGCCAAUCUUACGGCGACGCUCUCCCCUGCUGAGCUCACGGGCCGCGCCUUCUCCAACACCACCGGCGGUUGCUACAAAAUCCCGCGUGCCAAUGGCACCUACUUAGUGCGGCUCGGCUUCGCGUACCUAAACUUCGACAAGCAGGCGAACCCGCCCGUGUUCAACGUGACGGCUCAGGGCGUGCCUGUUCUGACGAUUAAUUUGAUGACGGCGGAAGGAAUGCAGAAUAAUGAGACGGCGAAGACGGCGACGGCGUACUACCGCGACUUCAUGGUGUUCACGGAUACGGGAUUCCUCGACGUGUGCCUCGUGCCCUUCUCCUCCUCCGUCCAGCCUGCCUUCGCGAACCCCUUGGAUGCCAUCCUCUCCUUCCCCCCAGACACCCAGUCGCGCACUCCGCUGCUUAACACCCUCGAGGUCUUCCCCACCCCCAGCACCGUGUACCAGGGCUUGCCCAAAAAAGAAGGCGUGAUUCUCGCGAACGCCAUGCGAGUCAACAUUGGAGGGCCGACCGUCGGGCCGGACAUGGUGGGGCGCGUGUGGGACGCCGACGACCGCUCGUUCCUGCCGCGGAGCUUCCGCGCGACGAACGCGACGGUGAACAACACGGACGACCCGGACAACUUCUGGCCGCAGAGCAUGCUGCGCACGUACCGCGAAUCCAUCAACGUGGAUAGUGCGGCCGGCACGGAGAUGCAGUACUCGGGUCUCGUGGUCCCCAUGGACCCCACCAACCUCUUCCUCGUCAUCCUUAACUUCAUGGAUCCUAACCCCGCCGCCAAGCGCGGCCAGCGCUUGAUGGAACUGCAGCUGUCGUGGGGCGACGGUCAGACGAUCGCCAUUGGCCCUCCGCCGGACACGCUGGACAUCGUUAACUUCACGCAGCCGUUGACGGCGAUGGCAGUGACGCACGUGGUGGCGAUGGAGAACCCCUUCUCGUACUUCCAGAGCGUGGCUGUGGACCUGCGCGCCAGCAACAAGAGCCUGCCCGCCGUGAUCAGCGGCAUGGAGGUGUAUGAAGCCAUCCCCAUUGCCCUGCCUCCCCCUGCUGCCGCUGAUGCUGGCGCUGAUGCUGGCGCCCGCAGAGCUCGCCCCAUGACGCUAACAGCAGAGGAGGCGCAUGUGUUGCCCCCUCCUCCCCCGCCUCCUGCGACCAGCAGUGGCCUGUCAGGUGGAAGCAUUGCUGCAAUCGUGAUGGGUGUGCUGCUGGGCGUGGUGCUGAUUGCAGGGGGCGUCUAUUUUGUCAUCCAGCGCAAGAAGAACCCAACGCCUUUCACCAAAUUCGGUUAG